AUGCGUACUAGAUAUUGCGUGGGGGAAGUAUUAGAGUGUAAAUAUAUGGCCCAAGUAUAUCUUUCGAAAGUAUGAUCUACUUUGUGUACGUUAUCUAUCCUGACUCAAGAUAUGUUCACUGUUGUUUCUAUCAUCUAUGCUAAUUAAGGCGUGUUCAUAUUCUACUUAUCAAGCAUACUGUUUCGAGGUAUGUUCGUGUUGAAUCUAUCAAGUGCACGGUUUCCAGUUGCUGAAGAUGGACUGAAUGAGAUUGUAAAACUCAGUGGAGAGUUGAAACAAAUAGAAAUAAAAGAAAAAAUAAGAUAGGAAUAGAAAAUAAGAAUGAAGAAGAUGGAGCAUCCAAAAAGAAGAAGAAAAAGAAAGGAAAAGGGGCUGGUCAUAAACAACAAACUGAUCCUCCUUCCAUACCUAUCACUGAAUUGUAUGCAGAUGGUAAUUUUCCUGUUGGAGAAGAAAUGGAAUAUCCUACACCACAAGAUGGUCGCAGUGCCAAAGACAGGUAUACAAAUGAGGAGAAGAAAACUAUAGAAAACAUGCAGCAGGAUGUUUAUAAAGAAUUGAGAUUAGCUGCUGAGGCCCACAGACAGACAAGACAGUACAUGCAAAAAGUCAUCAAACCAGGGAUGAAGAUGAUUGAUAUUUGUGAACAGUUGGAAAAUAUAGCCAGAAAACUUAUUGGUGAAAAUGGAUUACAAGCUGGUUUGGCCUUCCCAACUGGCUGUUCCCUGAAUAAUUGUGCUGCACACUACACUCCUAAUGCUGGAGAUGAGACUGUACUUCAAGAAGAUGAUGUAUGUAAGAUUGACUUUGGAACGCACAUCAAUGGUCGUAUUAUUGACUGUGCCUUUACUCUGGCCUUCAACACAAAAUAUGACAAGUUGUUAGAAGCUGUGCGGGAUGCUACUAAUACUGGAAUUAAGGAGGCUGGCAUUGAUGUUCGUCUUUGUGAUAUUGGAGGAGCCAUUCAAGAAGUUAUGGAGUCGUAUGAAAUAGAAUUAGAAGGGAAAACCUACCCGAUUAAAUCCAUUAGAAAUCUUAAUGGCCAUUCAAUAGGUCCUUAUCGGAUUCAUGCAGGCAAGACGGUUCCAAUUGUAAAAGGUGGUGAAGCCACACGUAUGGAGGAAGGGGAAUUUUAUGCUAUUGAGACUUUUGGUAGCACAGGAAAAGGAUUUGUUCAUGAUGACAUGGAGGUUUCACAUUAUAUGAAGGACUAUGAUGUUGGUCACGUUCCAUUAAGGCUGGGUCGAUCCAAACAGUUGCUCAAUGUUAUAAAUCAAAAUUUUGGAACAUUAGCAUUUUGCCGACGAUGGUUGGACAGACUGGGACAAACAAAGUAUUUACUGGCAUUGAAAGAUUUGUGUGACAAAGGGAUUGUUGUUCCAUAUCCACCACUAUGUGACAUCAAGGGUUGUUACACUGCUCAAUUUGAGCACACAAUCCUGCUGCGGCCUACAUGUAAGGAGGUCGUCAGCCGAGGAGAUGAUUAUUGAGGAAUCUCAACUGUUGUCCUUAUAGCAGGUAACUGUCUGUAGAGGGGAUCAACAAUCCAAUUUCACAGAGUGUUCAUAAACAAGAUAGUAACAUACUCCACUUAAGUCCUGCCCGAUAGUUGUAAAUAGCUGUAUAUAAAUAGCUAAGUAGAAUCAGAAAGCCUAGCUAAGUUCAAGUAUCUUUACCUCUCAAAGAGAUUGUUAAAGACCACUUCUUUAUGAUAUUAUAACUUCUUUUUUUUUCUGAAAUACCAACAGAACUUCUUGACUAUGACUUUACCUAUUCAUAUUAUUUAACAAGAUAUUGUAAUCAUUAACCUAAUAUUUAUAUAAUUAAACUAAUAUUUUACACCAAAAGUAUCUUCAUGGUAUAUAUAAGCAGGAAAACUUUGUUGGAAUAAGUAAGGAUUUCCUACAGGUUUGAAAACAGUUACUACUGAUUCAAAAAACUAUUGCAUAAAAUAUCUAAAAAAUUUCCCAAACUUACUAUUUUGUUCAUGAUCUAGUUAGAAGUUGUGUUUUGUUGAUCUCAUCAAAAGGAUAAUGUUUGUGCCUGAACUGUUUUUCUUUAUCAAAUUGAUUAAAUUUUCUGGAGCUAAAGUGAAUAACACUGUAUCCUAUUCAGUGCACAAGACAUUGAAACUUGGAGUUAAAAUUGGAGAAAAAAAGAAAUAUUUAUACAAUUAUUUAUCCAGGAAAUAGUUGGAAUAAGGUUAAAGUUAACUUAUUAAACAUAGAAAUUUUAGCAGGGACAACUACUGAUGAUUAUCAGUUUUGACUUGAAGUUUAUUGUGAACAUCUAACCACAAAUGUGUUUUUGUUAUAAGUUUAGCUCAUUUUUGGAUGGAGAAAAGAGUAAAACUAUCUAUUUAAAGUUGAAUUUUGUAAAAUAUAUGCCAAAAUCACUAAAAAAGAUUGGUCAUGUAUUUUAUAUGACAAACAGAAAGCAAUGCUGUAAAUCAAACUUUAUGUCCAACAAAUAAAAUUUUGUAAAGCUUAAAUAAA